AUCUUUUAUUUAUUUAUUUUGAGAUUUAGUUGUCCUUGUUUGUGGAUAACAUUCUUUAAUAUGAAUUAUUAAGGAAUCACUGAUUUCUCUUUCUGGUGUCUAGGAUCUGUUUUCUUUACUCAUGCAAAAUCUGAUCUUCCACUGUGUAUAGAUUGUAGGAAAGAUCAAGAACGGUGCUCUUAGAUUUGAAGAGGUUGUUGUCAACAAGGCUAUUGCUCCUUCUGUGGAGUUUUCGCUUGUCUAUUCUACUAGUUCUGGUGGCGGUCUGCAUCAACUUCUUGGAGUAGAAGAUAUUUUGUAGAGGUUCUGGUGUUUGAUUGGUGGAGUUGUGGAUUGGUGAGACAUGUGGGGAAGGCCUAAUUGAAGCAAGAUUCGGUUGGAUAUCCUGGAUACAUAAGAGCAGGAUAGAAGUUGCAAACAGCCGUGUAGUUUGUUUGUUGUGGCUAUAGCAGCAACAGGUAAUUUUGACUUUGAUAGCCAAAACCUAGUAUUUCUCAGUUUAGGGUUCAAGAGUUGCUAUUGAGAUAUAAGUGCUCAGCAAAUCUGAGUUUGUUUCAAGUUUGGGUUUCUUUUUAGCAUAAAACCAACUUGGAGGAGUUUGUGCAAAUUACACCUUUUUUGAUGUUCAUGUAUUGGAUUGAAGGAAAGACAUAGAGAUUAUUCAUAUCCUUUUGAAUUCAAACAUUUUAGUCUUAUCUGAAAGAUCUUGUUAGUUCAACAUGAGUAGCAGUAAAACGAUACUCUGGUUUCGGAGGGAUCUCAGGAUUGAUGACAAUCCUGCUUUAGCUGCUGCUGCAAGGAAUGGUAGUGUCUUUCCUGUCUUUAUAUGGUGCCCUAAAGAGGAAGGGCAGUUCUACCCAGGUCGAGUUUCACGAUGGUGGCUGAAGCAAUCUCUUGCUCAUUUGGAGCAGUCCUUGAGGUCUCUUGGGGCUGAACUUGUGCUGAUUAAGACCCAAAGUACUCUUUCGGCUCUUUUGGAUUGCAUCAAUGCUACUGGGGCAACAAAAGUAGUAUUUAACCAUCUUUAUGAUCCUGUUUCACUGGUUCGCGAUCAUGGCAUCAAAGAGAAACUGGCAGAGAUUGGCAUUUCUGUGCAAAGCUAUAAUGGCGAUUUGUUAUAUGAACCAUGGGAGAUAUAUGAUGAGAGGGGGCAAGCUUUUACGACCUUUGAUGCAUAUUGGGACAAGUGCUUGAACAUGCAAAUGGAACCCAUUCCACUUCUUCCCCCAUGGAGAUUGGUGCCAGCUGCAGUGACAGGAACAGUAGAAAGGUUUUCUCUUGAAGAUUUGGGCCUUGAAAAUGAAUCAGAAAAAUCUAGCAAUGCAUUGUUAGGAAGAGGAUGGUCUCCAGGUUGGAGCAAUGCCGAUAAGGCUCUAACUGAGUUUGUUGAACAGAAUCUAUUCAACUAUUCAAAUAAUAGGCUAAAGGUUGGGGGCAACUCGACAUCACUUUUGUCCCCGUAUCUUCAUUUUGGAGAGCUAAGUAUAAGGAAAGUUUUCCAGUGUGCACGGAUGAAGCAGAUACUAUGGAGAAGAGAACAGAACUCUCAAGGGGAAGAAAGUGUAACAUUUUUUCUAAAGGCCAUUGGGUUUAGAGAAUACUCCCGUUAUCUUUGUUUCAAUUUUCCAUUCACUCAUGAGCGAUCAUUGUUGAGCAACUUGAAGUAUUUUCCUUGGCAUGCUGAUGUGAACCAUUUUAAGGCUUGGAGACAAGGUCGGACUGGUUAUCCAUUGGUAGAUGCAGGAAUGAGAGAGCUUUGGGCAACUGGUUGGAUACACAACAGAAUAAGAGUGAUUGUUUCAAGUUUUGCAGUGAAGUUUCUUCUUCUUCCAUGGAAAUGGGGAAUGAAGUAUUUCUGGGACACACUUUUGGAUGCAGAUUUGGAAUGCGAUAUUCUUGGUUGGCAGUACAUAUCUGGGAGCUUACCAGAUGGUCAUGAGCUAGAACGAUUAGACAGCCCACAGAUUCAAGGCUCCAAAUUUGAUCCAGAAGGUGAAUAUGUAAGGCAAUGGCUGCCAGAGCUAGCUAGGAUGCCAACUGAGUGGAUACAUCAUCCUUGGGAUGCACCUCCUACUGUGCUUAAAGCUGCAGGUGUUGAGUUGGGCUUAAACUAUCCAAAACCUAUAAUAGAUAUAGAUACAGCUAGGGAACAUCUGACAGAAGCCAUCUUUAAAAUGUGGGAAAUGGAAGCAGCUGCAAAGGCUGCAACUUCAGAUGGGAUGAGUGAAGAAGUUUUUGAUAAUUCUGAUGGUAUUGAAACUUCCGCCAUCCCAAAAGUUAUCCUGAAGGAAAAAUCUUCUUGUCCAACAUAUUCAUCUAAUGACCAGAGGGUGCCGUCAUUUCAAAAUUGCAACAAUGGUUCAUCGCAUAGGAAGAGAGCAAAAUAUGUGGAAGAAGAAAGGUUGCAUGCAGAUAAAUUGAAAAAUCAGAAAAAAGAAGCAGGGACCUCACGAGGAGAAGAAGACUUAUGCUCGACAGCUGAAUCUUCAGCAUCUAAGAGGCAGAGUACUAGCAGAAUCUCAUUCUCUGUUCCCCAAUCUUGUUCUUCAUCGGAUGGCAGACCUUUGCAGGAGUAUGAAUCUUCUGAUCUGAAGCGAUCAUGGCAAGAAAAGAUUGACUUGGAGCAGACUUCAAGCAAAAAUGGAGCUAUGAGAUAUUAGUGCAGGUAUCUCUCUCCUAUUCCCAGGAACUGUCCUACUGAUCAAGAAAAUCAAAGGGGUCUCUGUUUCAUUUAGGCCCGUCUAACUCAAUGUUUCCCAUCACGUGCUCUAAUUGGCUGUCUACAUAUCCUUCCCUUUUAGCUAUUGCUCCUAGUAUACAACGAUCCCACCCAAGGGUUUUGGUUGGUCAUGUUUGUACACGUUCUUGUAAACAAGUUUAUACGUAUGUAAUUAAGGUUAUGUCUUGUAGCAAAUAAACAAAGCUGUCUUAUCUGUUAUCUACCCUCUUAUACCUUUGAUGAAUGUAAUCCAGGACAUUCAGUAAGUCUAGUAAGCUGUUUUACACUUGAUGGACAUUAGUUUUGUUGUUGUGGCUUAUGAAAUCUAGUAUUUUUUUUGCCUC